AUGACUGGCUUUAUAAAAUUUUUAAAAAUAUAUUUUAUUCAUCAAUCAUUUACAGUCAAAAUAAAAAAAUUAGUUUUUCUUAAAAUGUCUGCUAAAAUUUUUAUUAUUUUUGUUGUUUUUACCGUUGUUUUUAUUCAUUUAUGUUGUAUGGGGGGAAAAGAUGUUGGAAGAAAAACUUUAAAAAAACAGAAUAGCUUUCCAAAAUCUACAUAUACACCACCCCCAGGUUAA